UCGGGGAAUCAUAACCGGUGGAAGAGAGACCGACUUUGCGGACACAGGCAUCCGUGAUGAAGUUGUCGGUGACACCAAUGUCGAGAAGGGCCCGAAACUUCACCUUUGAUGCACCAAGGGAGACGACGACGAACUUGAGUUGGAACUGGGCGGUCCCGACACCAGCGGAGGAGAUCAUGGCGUUGAGGCGUCACUGCUUGAGGCCUAAUCUAACAAGCCGAGUGUGUCGGUCUUGUUCCUCAACGAGAUCGGAGAAAGUGAUCGUGGAGGGGUUAGGGAGGAGGAUAGUGGAACAUGUGGCCGUGGGGUGCUCAGCCGACGGAAUAGAGGACGUCGUCGAAAGGGGGGCAGACGGAGUAGACUGCGACGCCUGGGGAGUGUUCGGUGGGAAAGUCGUCACCGGAGGAGGGGUUGGCAGACGAAUUGUCAAUACCAAAUGGGUCAUCGGUGGGGUAGGGGUCGUCAUGGAUGGGGGGGGCGACAGAUUAGUGAUCGAUGCCGGGUUAUGGCUAGAAGGGGCAGGGGGACAGUGUUUAAGUGGAGGAGGGUCCGGAGGCCGCAGUGGCGGCGGCGGAGGAGGAUGUGGGAGGGCUAGAGCCGGUGGGGCGGGAAGCGUGGUGAGUGGAGCGGCCGGCCUUGGGGCAAUUGGUUUCUUGAUGCCCCAACUGGCGGCAACGGAAGCAACCGCCGUUGGCCUGGAGAUAGGCGCGUUCGGCGGGGGUGAGCUUUCUGAGACGAGGGGUUUGGGAGGAGGAGGAAGGCUGGGAGGCAAGACGUUGCCGUUCCAUCCUCAUGAGGUGGACAGCCUGAAAGUCUUCCUCGGUGAAUUGGGAUGGGUCGAGGGACCCGGGCGAGGAGUCAAGGCUAAGGCGAUCAUGGUGGAGAAGGCGGUUAAGGAGAUCGGUAAGAGGGAGCUCGAGCUCAUGAGCGAGGGCUGCAGCGAGGUGGGGGAAGCAUACCCGCUUGAUGCGGGAGAUGAAGACAUAGUCGGAAACGAGAGUCGCCCCGAUGUGGUGGCGAAGGGAGCGAACGUAUUGGAUGAAUCGCUCGGUGGGGCCGGUUUGGCGGAGGUUGCAAAAUUGAUCGAUGUAAUCAUCGAUGGUCUUUUGCGAACGGAAGGUGGUGAUGAGAAGAUCGACCCAUUGGACAAAGGAGUGGCGGGAAAGGCCGUUGCUUCGGCGGUUGUUGGCUUCGGUUGACCACCAUUGAGCGGCGGAGCCCUGAAGGCGGGAGGUUGCGGCAGGGAGCCAAUGAGCGAGGGGCAAGUUGUGGAAAUGGAAGGCGUUUUGGAGUUGGGAGAGGAAGAUGAGGACAUCCUCAUGGGGGAGGCCUGAGAACGUCGAGAUAUCGGCGGUGCGGAAAGAGC